UUUUUGGGAAUAAUUUUGUGAUCCAAUCAUGUGGUUACCAUCAAUUUGUUUUUUUACAAUAAUAAUUUCUUAGUAAGCCUUACAAAAUGAACUAUUUGGAUAAUCGAAGUGGACCCAACGUGGGGCCCACAGUGAGCCAACAACACCCUCUAGUCUAAAUGAGCCAAUGACACCCUUCAAUCCAAAUAAUGGACUAGAAAGAAGCUAAGUCUCUUUAAUUAAAGGUAGUUUAUCGUUUAAUAAAGCUCUAGUGCAUCCAGGACAUGAAAAGUAACUUGCUUUGAAUUCAACUUUUCUUUUUUCCCCUUAUUUUUAAACAUCCAACUGAUGUUUUUCUCCUUGAUAGUGGUUUCAAAAAGAAGGAAGUUGAUAUUGAUUCUCGGAACAGUUGUUGCUGGAAUUGUGAUUAUAGUAAUCCUAUUGUUCUACAUCAUAAGGAAACUCGCACAAAAUGAUCAAUCCACAUUCUUUUGGAAGAAUAAAACAGAGAGCUACCAAAAUGUUGAGGCCUUUCUAAAGAAUUAUGGAUAUCUUGCUCCAAAAAGGUACACUUAUUCUCAUAUCAAGAAAAUGACCAACUCCUUCAGAGUUAAACUAGGUCAAGGAGGCUAUGGUUGUGUCUUCAAAGGAAAGCUAGACAAUGGAUGCCUUGUGGCAGUGAAGGUUCUAAAAGGGUUGAAAGGCAGCGGAGAAGAGUUCAUUAACGAGGUUGCAACCAUUAGUAGGACUUCUCAUGUUAAUAUUGUGACUCUUAUGGGGUUUUGUUUUGAGGGUCGAAACAGAGCUCUCAUAUAUGAGUUCAUGCCUAAUGGAUCCCUUGAGAAAUUCAUUCAUGAUGGGAAUUCCUUGACAUAUCACCAAUUAGGGUGGGAAGCUUUGUACCAAAUUGCAGUUGGUAUUGCUCGAGGAUUAGAAUACUUGCACCGUGGUUGCAACAUGCAAAUUUUGCAUUUUGACAUAAAACCUCAUAAUAUUCUUUUAGAUGAGGACUUUUGCCCAAAGAUCUCUGACUUUGGCCUCGCUAAAUUAUGCCCACGGAAAGAGAGUAUUGUAUCACUAUUGGGUGCCAGAGGAACAGCCGGCUAUAUUGCCCCAGAAGUGUUUUGUAGAAACUUUGGGGGAGUUUCACACAAGUCAGAUGUCUAUAGUUACGGAAUGAUGGUUCUAGAAAUGGUUGGAGGAAGAAAGAAUAUUGAUGUCGAAGUUGAUCGUACUAGUGAGAUAUACUUUCCACAUUGGAUAUACAAGCGACUUGAGCUAGAUGAAGAACUUGGAGUGCAUGGCAUUAUGAAUGAUGAGGCAAAUGAAAGUGCAAGGAAGAUGAUUAUAGUUGGCUUGUGGUGUAUACAAACAGAUCCCUUGCAUCGACCAUCAAUAAACAAGGUGGUGGAGAUGCUAGAAGGCAGCAUGGAGUCCUUGCAAGUCCCUCCUAAGCCUUACUUAUCUUCUCCCCCAAGAUCAACUCCAGAUUCUUCAACUACAUUCGUGCCUUAACAUUGUACUAUUCACAAUGCAUACUUCUAUUGCUAAGCACGUUUAAUUUGUUGGUGUACUCAAUGUACUGCUUCCAACGAUGGUUGCAAAAAUAGGUUUGGGAAUGUGAUGUCGAAUGUCACAAAAGACGUCAAUAAAACCUUCAGUAACAAAUUAAUUUUGAGAAAGAUGGUGUAAUUAUGUCUGACAGAAUCGUAUGACAAUUUAUGGCUUGAAAGUUUGUGGAAUUGUAAAAUAUGGUGAAUUAUGUUUAUGCAAAUUAGGGUUACGGAACUACUUGAAUUCAUUCUUGUUUAGAAUGGGGGAUACGCAACAAAAUAAGAACUUGGAAAAUUUGAU